AUGGCAACUUACAUGACGAUGCAAUUAGUCUGUAUUUCGGUAAUAGCAUUUGUGAUAACAGCCGUUUUCGCAUUCGACAGGAACAGGGAUAAAGAAAUAGAUUGGAAAUGGGCAGAAAAAGCAAAUGCUACUUCCAUAUUCAUAGAAGAUGAACCAUAUAUUGUCUCCAUACAGAAUCAAGGAACUCACAUAUGCAGCGGUGUCAUAAUCGACAAAAGAUACAUCCUAACCAACGCUCGCUGUGUGGAAAUGUGCCAAGAAAGAUCCUUAGUGAAGAAUAUAACAGUUCUUACUGGAACUGAUACUUUCAAUUGCAGUGGAUUUACGCAUUAUGUCGAGAAAAUAUACUAUCACACGAACUACACGAAGAAGUCACAAUAUGUUGACGGUCUCGCACAUAACAUUGCUAUACUUAAGUUGACGACGAACAUUGAGUUUGAUGACUUUCGGAAACGGGCAUGGAUGCCAUACUUCAACCAUAACUAUCGCUAUCAAUGUAAUAAUGUGACAACCAUAGGUUGGGGUAGGCUCUACAGAGACGGUCCCGUAUCGAGUGUGUUACAAAUACUAAGUUCUUAUCAAUCAGAUAAUACUUUAUGUGAGAAAAAUUAUCGUAGAGAGUUCAGUGUUUCUAAUACCGAUUUUUGCGUCAGUUAUGGAUACAAUGCAGGAACAUGUCACUGUGACAUCGGUAGCCCUGUAAUAUGUCAGGGCUUUGUGGUAGGGAUAAUAUCUGUUUGUGUACCUUGCAAUGUGUAUUAUCCAUCCAUAGCAACCGAGAUUCACGCAAAUCAGAGGUGGAUUCGAAGCAUCAUAGGAUCGUAG